AUGGCAUCACCAUUACCAUUGCCGCCGUCUCCUGGCGGAAAGGCUGUCGCGUCGGCCACCGGCUCCUCCGCCGGGCCAGAUCCCAUUCUGCGCAAUGCCCUGCGAUAUACCAUCUCGCCACGCGAAUAUGCGGCCCUGCACAAAUACGUCCUCUCCAAGUCGCGGGCGCUCCGUCGCGCAACGCCCAGUCCAAGCAGCGUGGAGAAGGCGCUACAGCCGAGGAAGGGAGGCGACGACUACAAUGCCAAAGCCGUGCGACAUUCGCUGCGCGUGUUCACGGCGACCUGGAUAGGCAUGAAGGCAUGGGACGCUAUCAUGAGGAGGCUUGGGAACAAGGAACCAGGCGGCAGUGGCCAGAAGAAGCCAUUUUACAAAUCUCCAGCUCUGAGGCUGUCCCUCUCGCUGUCGACAAUCUUGUUCCUCUACCGCGUUCUUUUCCGCUUCCUGACUAGGCUCCGCGCCCAUCUCUUGGAUCCGCAGGCUGAGCCCUUCCGGCUGCGCAACCCACGAACGACGGCAACGCUGACGUCGCCAUUUGCGCCGGCCAUUGGAGCCUCGCUUGCGGGUCUGGCUCUCGGCGCUUAUCCAUCGUCCCAGAUGCGUGUCAGCAUCGGUAUCUAUGCCAUGUUCCGCGCUCUGGAGUUUGGCUGGAACGUCUGUGAGAAGGAAGGCAUGAUAUGGGGUAUCAAGAAUGGGAAGAAUCGCGAGCGGCCGUGGUGGUUUGGCAGCUGGAUGCUGCAGCCAUUUGCCUUUGGACAGCUGCUCCAUGCUGCUGUCUUUGAUCCUGAUUGUUUCCCAACUUCCUUUGGAGAUUGGAUCUUCAAACAUUCCGCUACGUAUCUGCCUCCGCGGCCAGAAAACUAUCCUACGGCCCUCAAAUGGCCAAACCCUUCUCAGAUUUUGGAGAAUAUUGCAGAGAUGGCUCGACUCAACUGGCCACCUAACGUAUCUCCCAUCUUAUUCCCCAACAAAGAAGUCCUUCCACCUUCACUUGCUGGCGUAUCACCACUGAGUUCACAGGCUCAUCCACUCAUCACGUCUCUCUCCUGCGCAACUCUUCACCCGACUGACCCAUCUUGCUUGCGAACAUACCUGACCUUCUGGCUCAACUCCUUCCCGACAAUGACUCGCUUCUUCCUCAUUUUCUACUCCGCUUUAACCAUCGUCCCCAAGUUCCGGAACCUGUACCACUUCCCCUUCUCCACCAUUCAGCGUAUGAUAUCUCAGGUUCUGCGCCUCUCUACCUUUGCUACCGGAGCUAUUUCCACGGCCUGGGCAUCACUCUGCUUUUUCCAACAGUAUCUUCCUCGCCAUGUUCUUGCGACUCAGCGUAUCUUCCUCGGCGGCUUCUUCGCGGGAAUGUGGGCUUGGGUGGAGCGCCGCCAUGGCCGCAGUGUCUUCUUGUACUCUGCCCGUGCUAGCGUCGACAGCCUGUGGAAGGUCGGCGUGAAGCGUCGCUGGUGGAAAGCGAUGAAGGGUGGCGAUGUCUGGGUGUUUGUCCUUGCGUUGAUGAUUUCGGGUGUGGUGUAUGAACGAGAUGCCAGGGCUAUCCGAGAGGGUCAGUGGCGCAAGGGCAUUAGCUGGCUGCGGGGUGAAGGAUGGAAGGAUUGGGCUAUGGAGGAGGAUGGAGAGGAAGAAGAGAAGGAGGAGAGGGAGAAGGAUGAUUAG